AUGUCGGGUCUAACUACUCAAGUGUUUUACGGUUCGUCAAAACGAAGUUCGUUCCAUUUAAUACCAUCAACAUCUUCAUCCAAAAAGGUAAGACGUGAACCGUGCCAUUUAACCAAUGUUAAACGGUUGCUGGGACCUCUAAUUGGCUGGAAAAACUUUCCUAGACAACAAGAAGCUCUAGACUAUGCGAAAACUAAAUCAAAUGGUUGUAUGUCCUUCACGUAUGAACAAAGUAAUGGCCAACGAUAUUUUAUGGUUGCUCAUCCUGAAACAUUUUGGUACUAUGAUUCACGUAAACCACAAAAUGAAAGACACACUUAUGAAAUCAUACCGGAAAAUAAUCCAUGCAAAUUAUAUUUUGAUUUAGAAUUCAAUCGCAAUGAGAAUCCAGAAUCAAAUGGUAUAAAAAUGCUAGAUACUUUUGUCAAAAUAAUUAUAAUGUUUAUCAAACAAAAAUUUGAUAUAGUGUGCAAAGAAGAAGAUGUUCUUGACUUAGAUUCAUCAACAGCAGAAAAGUUUAGCCAUCAUUUGAUCUUUCAAUCUAUUGUAUUUUCUAAUAACCUUCAAGCUGGGUAUUUUGUUAGAUUUAUAUGCUGUGAAAUUAAUAAGUUUUUGUCUGAAGAUCACUGUCUAGAAGAUAAUGGAUGUUUUUACAGUGGAAUAACCACUAAAGAUCUAAUUAAUUUAAAAACUCAUCAAGGAUUAUUUUGUGACGAAAGUGUAUAUUCAAGAAACAGACAUUUUAGAUUAUAUAAGUCAUCAAAAUUGAAAAAAAAUAUUCCAUUAGUCCUGAGCGCUACUAACAAGUAUAAAUUUCCUGAAAUGGCUCAUUGCGAGGACUGUUUUGACAAACAAAUAUUUUUAAAUCAAAUUAUUGCUGAAACACAUGGUGACAGGGUACAUCUGAAUAAUAAAAAUCAAGGUGCAUGCCAGUCUUCUUACACAAGUUCACCUUUUCCGCGAAUAGAUAGGUAUAUCUCAGAUCUUGUAUUUCCCGGAAAAAUCUUCAAAAACCAUUAUUUUCCUUCGGUCAACAAAUUAGUUUACAGUAUUGUGAAGAACCGUUAUUGUGGAAAUGUUAAACGACAACACAAAAACAAUAAUGUUAAGUACAUAGUUGAUUUAAACGAAAUGUAUUGGUAUCAAAAAUGUUAUGAUCCUGACUGUGAACAGUAUCGAUCAAAUGGUACUAAGUUGCCAAAUGAAAUUUGUUUUGAGUAUGCUAAUCAUAUAGUUGAUGAUUUAUCGGACAGCCUGUUAGUAGAAGUUGCAGACGCUGCUCAAUUAUAA